AACGGGAACAGAGACCACAUUGCUCCGUGCACACGCUAUCGUGUUGGAUCCGUCAUGUGGACGUUUAUAUCUGCUGUGUUCACCAGAGCGUGUUUUAUUCUUGUAUCGCUGGUAGGAGUCUGUAGAGUGGCAUGGGUCAUGAAAAACCCUUUCUACUGGCUUCUGACGCUCCUCUUCCUACCUCAAGUCGUCGAGAUGGUGGUCACCAUGACAAGGAGAAGAGGAAAAGAUUAUAAAUGGUAUUCUCCAGCCAUUCUUCUGUUCCUCAUCAGCAUCAUUCCCUCCAUCUGGAUCCUGGAGCUCCAUCACCACCAGAACAUUUCCAAGGAGCCACAGGUGAUCCCCGCAGAGAAACUAGCAAACCAAGAUCCCAUGAACCAUGACUGUCAGUAGCCGCAAUCAUUUUAGAGUUGAUUUUUGUGGAUAAAUACUAAGAAGAACAUUAAUAAUAGAAUGCAUGAUAGUGAUACGGCCGUUGAAUCAACACCGCAAUACAUGUGGUUAAUUCUGUCAGCUAUCUGUAAUAAGCUAAUAUCCACCAGUCACUGUCUAUCUGUAAUACGCUAAUAUCCACCACUCACUGUAUGUGAUAAGCUACUACCUAUCACUCACUGUCUAUCUGUAAUAAGCUAAUAUCCACCACUCACUGUCUGUAAUAAGCUAAUAUCCACCACCACUCACUGUCUGUCA